AUGUCGCCGGGUGCUCGCAACCUCUCCAAGAGGCUCAAAUUUGCGGCAGCCAGCGCUUGUGCUGUGCUCGCAUCCACCGCCACCACCAGCGCAUCGGCAUGGGAAGUGCCCCCGAUCGAUUUUGAUGGCCUGGGUCAGCUUGGUGUCGCUGGUAGCUUUUCCGGCAUCCAAUUGUGGAAUCAGUCGACGUCCACGCUCACACAGCAAGGCGCAUUUAACGUCAGCGAAGGGUCGUUGAUCGCGCUGGCUGCCGAUGGGAACCUCACCAAGAUUGCAUCGACGAAUCAAGGUGGCAGCAUCAGGGCAGUCUGCCAGAGGACAGCGGAGCCGUUCACUGUGUUCGUCGGUGGUAACUUUAGCGACAUCAAUGGCACGCGCGUCGGCAACGUGGCCAGCUUCGACCCUGCUACGCAACGAUGGGACGCGCUUGCUGGUGGUAUCGACGGGCUGGUGAACACGCUGUACUGCGACGAACAACACGGCACCGUCAUUGCAGGUGGUACAUUCUUGGGCCCCUUUCGUCCUCGCCCCGACCAGGCUGCUCGCUUCCUCGGAGGAGUGGCCAGUUGGUCAUACACUGGGGAUGUGUGGUCCCCAGUCAGCUUUGGUGGUGUCAAUGGAACCGUAGAGACCAUCGCGCUCGGGUCCAACGUCUCGAGCAUCCGCGUUGUGGGCAACUUUACCACCGAGUACAGCUCCCGAUCCAGCCCCAACGCCAGCUUGUCAGGCACCAACACCUCCGCUUCUAGUCUCACACAGGCCCUCUCACCUCUGCCUCUCGGUCAGAGCGAGUUCUCGGGUGGCCCCUCUUCUGCUGUCGCUGCGUACGCCAACCCAGCCCAGCUCCUGUGUCCACGCGGUGAGGAUGGACCCAACAAUUCGUACCACUUUGCAGACAAUGCCGUGGGUCGUUUGACGCUGCGAGCGUUCCGCAGCCUGCAGACGCGCGCCAUCCGCAUCGGCAACACCUUUGUCGAUGGAAGAGGCACCCGCACAUUCGGCGUCGUCUCGAUACCCGACAAUACCGACCUCACCCUCAUCUACCUUGACCCGCUCACCCAGCAGAACGUCACCUGUCGAGGUAACUGCUCGCUUUUCCACGACGCAGCAGUCGCACCUUACCAGGACUUUUUGAUCGCAGAUGUGCCCGAGAAUGGUGCUGUCAAUGGUACCAAGCUGCUCACUGGCAUCCAAUUCACUGCAACGGAAUGGUACGGACCGGGUGCUGGUCUGCACAGCUUGUCGCUCCUCAGUCAAGGCUCGUUUGCAUACGCUUUCAACGGCUACAACCGUGGCGGCUGCAGCUCAACCCAGCCCGGCGUCAACGGCACCAGGUCGAGCAGCACUUCAGAGGGAGGUUGGUAUCGCACGCACGUUCCAGAAGUCGGCGUUCCAGCAGUCGUGUCACCAGUGCUGGCCAUCACCGACCGGACCGCGAACUUGCCCCAAAACGUAGGCUCGAGCGUCACCUGGAACGUCGAUGCGCACUACAAUGGAAACUACAGCGUCUUUUUGAGCGUGCCUGGUUGCACUGCCACCAACUCUUGCGACACGCGGACCGAUGUCCAAGUGACCGUGUUCGGAAACAACACUGCGGGCGACGGAGUGAGCACGUUUGUCAGCCAGAACGUGCCUGACGACACGCAAAUCCUCGUCUACGAUGGCGAGAUCAUGAAGAGCGCAGGCGGCUUUGUCCCUACCGUGCGGCUCUCCAUUCCGGGCAACGCCACGCGACCAGUCAGCGACACCUUCAACGUCAUUGCCGAUCGCGUGACUCUUAAUCUGCGAUCGUCGAACGAGACUCAUCCCAUGUUCGAAGCGAGAGGAUUCGGCAUGCUCGAAUACAACGUGUUCGACACGCGCGAUGUGCCACAAUUCAACGCUACGCAGAUGCAGACAAACCUCACUUUCAACGCCUUUAGCAACUUUGGAUCGGUCCUGCGCUCCAACGGUGUCGCCGCCAACGAUACGAUGGGUCAGAUGAUUGUUACUAGCAGCGUCACCAACCGCGGCUCUACAUUUGUGGGCGGCAACUUCACCUCUCUCAAUGCUAGCGCCACAGUUGGAUUUGCCAACAUCGUGUCUUACACCAACACAUCUGGAGGAUCCAACUUCACACGUCUAUCUGGUGGAGGUGUGAAUGGGCGUGUGUCGAGUCUCAGUGUCGUCAAGGAUCACCUUUUCAUUGGUGGAAACUACACGUCCACCUUUGACAACAUUACUCAGCUGCCGUACGUCGCCGAAUACGAUGUGAUCGGCAGCAAGUGGAUCCCUCUGGCUGGUGGACCCGAUGGACCGGUGGAAACUCUGACUCCGCUGCGAGAAACGUUCUUGCUGGUUACGGGAUCCUUUGAGUCGCUCAACAAGGGUGCAGUACCGGCGGGCGGAUAUGCGAUCUGGGAUGUCAUUGCCAAGAAGUGGGUGCCACAAGAGCCGUUCCUCGUCGGUAACGUUCUGGCCGCUAGCACACCGAGCAACGCCUCUGGCGUGGCGUAUCUGGCAGGUGCCAUUGGCGGCAUCAGCAAAGACUCGGCGUCAGGAGCUGUGCGCAUCAUUCCCCCAAACGAUGAUGAUCAGUUGCCAACCAUCGACACGCUCAACUUCCGAUUCGAGAGCACCAGAGCGACGUCUAACAUGCUGCCUGUUCCUGCAGCGCCUGCUGCAAGUUCUUCGGCGUUGGCAUCGGCCCCUUUGAGUUCUGGAGCUGCUCCUCUCUCCAGCUCAGGCGCUGCACCCACGAGCUCCGGAACUGCAGCACCAGCAGGUGCGCCGACAUUUGCCAGCGAUCUGAUCUUUAGCAAGCGCACCGACGAUGCUCCUCAACCACGGUCCACCGGCGGUCAUCAUCAUCACCACCGUCAUCACGGCAACAGCUUAGAAGAGCGCAGCGGGACGUCGGUAUCGCGGUGGCUCUCUUGGAACGCUCGGAGCAACCAGCAGGGCGGCCCGCUCGUCUCUCUCUCGCGUCGAGCGUCUGCGAUGGAACCGGCCAUCCUUGCAACCAACGGGGAAGACGAGAUCAUCUCAUCGGCAUUCUGGAAGCGAGGCAACAACGACUUCGUCUAUGUGCUCGGAGGCAAUUUCACCACCGAUGCCGGCAUCAAGAACUUGGCGUACUACGACGAGAAGACGAAUUUGUUGAAACCCUUCCCGGCUCUGCCACGUUCUUCGAAUCUUACCGUCGUUCGCGCCGUCGCGGUGGACGGGGACACGCUGUAUGCUGGAGGCGAUGGCGGAUUGGCCAUCUUUGACUUCAAGGCCAACACGUGGUCCAGCAAUCUGGCGGCCCUGCAAGCGACUUCGCGCAACGUUCUCAGCGUGCAGGCAAUCUACCACCGACCCGAGUCUAGCACCAUGAUUAUUGCGGGAACUUUUGACGAAGCUGGCAGCUUGCCUUGUAAGAACGUCUGUGCUUGGGACACGGGAUCCCGCAGAUGGAGUCAAUUGGGUGCUGGCAUUGAUGGACAGAUCUCGGCGAUCGACUAUGCAGGAGUGAGUUUGACUUGCGAGCAGCGCCACGGCUCGCAUGCUGAUCCUCUCUCCUUUGCUUGCAGAACCACGCGUCCUUGUUGCUUGUGGCGGGAUCGAUGACGGUGAAUGGCGCCGAAGCAUCGCUUGCCCAAUGGGACUUUGAGGCCAUGACAUGGACUGCCCUUGGCAGCGUGGGAGUUGCCGGUGGCGAGAUUCCUGGUCCUGCAACUGCGCUCAGUGUGGACGACUAUAAUCCCAGAUCCAUCUUUGUCGCCGGUCGCACCACCGAUGGCAGGCGCCCGUAUCUCGCCAAGUGGAACGGUCAAUCGUACGAUUCGCUUGCGCCAGGCGAGCUGCUUCCGGACUCUGGAAUUGCUCAGCUCUCCUUUGUUGGUAUUACGCGCGCGCACCCAGACAACCCCGUGCUCGAAAAUAACCGCAUGCUCGUCGUCUCUGGCGCGCUCCUCAUGCGCGACUUUGGAAACGUCUCGACUGCGCUGUUCGAUGGACAGCUUUGGACGCCUUACUUGCAAGCCACCUCGCCAUCCGGCGGAUUGGGAGUGGUGCGAGCUUUCACUCGCAGCAACGAGAUACUUAGCUUCCCCAACUUGCACCACCUUGCCGUUGGCAUCGUGAUUCUCAUCUCGAUUGCUAUUGGUCUGGGCAUCGUCUUCCUCCUUGUCCUCAUUGGUUUGAUCUGGGCGCUGAGCCGAAGACAUCCCAAUCGUGGGGUGGAUGUGCCGAUCUCUCCAUCAGACGAUACGCUCGCCAUGGCAGGAGGUGCGGGUGCAGGAGAGAAGCGUGCCCCCAGCGAACUGUUGGCCACGCUCAAUGCUGCCACGGAAGGUGCGAUUGAGCAGCGUGGCGCAGAUUCAGCCGGCUACGCUGCUGCUGGAGCUGGCGCCGCUGGUGCGGGAGCGGCAAUGGCAGCAUCCACAUCGCACGGACAUAAUCGACAAGAGUCGUCUGCUGCACACGGGGGAACGUUGGAAAAUAGCGACGAAACUGCUGGAGCGGCUAGCACCGCUUACCACUCUGAACGGACUGGCCAGUCGGCCUAUUGGAGCGGCGAAGAAGGCAACCCGGCUGCGGAAGCUGCUGCUGGUGGUGCGGUGGGGGCGGGAGCGGCUGCGACAGGCAUAGCGUACGGAGGAUUGGACGAAGUGGCAGGGCCUGGAGAAGGCUUGGAGGCUCACGCGAGAUAUUCGUUUGAAGCGACACAUCCCUCGGAGCUUGCUGUGCAUGCUGGUCAGACUAUUUGGAUCUUGGACGAUCAGGACGAACAUUGGUGGUUGGCAAAGGACGGACAGGGCAAUAGCGGGGUGUUGCCCGCUACAUACGUCCUCUAG